UACGCAGCCAAAACCUUAAAACGGAGAAGCGUCCGCCGUGCCGAAGUGUUGUGUUUUGUGAUUAGUGUCAAGAAAAAUAGAAAAUUUCUCUGGAAAUGGUCUCCCUCGGGCCGAAAAAAGACGGCGGUCCGAGUGCCGAAUUCUUCACGGCCCCGGAAUCGUUGCAGGGUUUCGAAAUCGUGCGACAAUGGCUGCAGAAAAACUUUAAAAAGUAUCUGGCACCGGAUCCUCCAACGAAGGAAUCGUUAGCGCAAUUGAUUGUUCAAUUUGUGCAAUACCAGGAAACCAAACUUGGGAAGAAUGCACAGGAUCCACCAACAACUAGAUUGCCGAUGCGGUGUUUCAUGGAUUUCAAGCCGGGUGGAGCGCUGUGUCACAUCCUUGCCACGAUGUAUCGCUACAAGGCCGAACAACGCUGGCGAAAGUUCGACUUCACAGUAAACAAGAACCCGAUGCGCAAGGACCCUAUAAUCCAAAUGCUGCUGGAUAUGGAAACGGCACUGAUUGAAGCCGAAUGCAUGCGUUUGCCGAUUGUGUACGUGCGGCCGGAAGUGGACAAAACCACCGCAAAUCGGAUAACGGACAUCGUCACGAAUCAUCAGGGUGAAAUGACCCUCGACGAAGAGGAAGCGACGCAUAUCAUUUAUCCGGCGGUGGACCCACUGCCAGAGGAUUAUGCACGGCCAAUGUUUCGCCGCGAUAAACAUGUGAUGAUUCAUUGGUAUUAUUUCCCAGAGUCGUACGAUACCUGGGUGCCUAAUACUUUUGAUUUACCUGAUAAUGUACCGGAUUCUCCAAUGUCCCCUGGAGAUCGUUGGCGUGUUUCUCUGUCGUGGGUUACGGAUUUGGAUGAGUACAAUGAAUGGAUGACAGAAGAGGAUUAUGAGGUUGACGAAGCAGGUCGUAAAAAGAUUCAUAAACUUAGACUCGGUGUAGAAGAUUUGAUGUCUGGACCUGACGAUAAAAUAAAGAAAGCGAAAGUUGUUCACCAGAAACGCAAACGAUCUCCCUCUCCUCCCCUUAAAGGUGGUAAAAGAAAAAGCGGUCGAUCACCUGCUGUUUUUCAGAAGAAGCCUCGUGCGGAUGAUGAAGAAUCAGAAGAUAUGACCAAGGACAUGGACGACCCACAGCCAGAAACGAAUCUGACUGAGGUGAAAGCAAGUUCAAGCAAUUCUGCCUCUGGUCCUGCAACUCCGCAACCGAAACGGGAUCCAGAGAUGAUGCCCAUAAAGUAUGCUACUAUGACGGAUUUGGAUGAAGAAAUUGACAGGGCUAAUGCUGAUCGAGCCGGUGAUGACAGUCAAGCAGGCAAGACCAGCGACAAUAGCAAUACUCAAGAGUUUCCGCAUGGAAAAGAUGAUUUGGAGGAUAACGUUACCGAACAAACUCAUCACAUUAUUGUCCCAUCAUAUUCGGCUUGGUUUGAUUACAAUUCGAUCCAUGUCGUUGAGAAGCGAGCGCUUCCGGAGUUCUUCAAUGGAAAAAAUAAAUCAAAAACACCGGAAAUCUAUUUGGCUUAUCGCAACUUUAUGAUCGACACUUACAGACUAAACCCAACUGAAUACCUAACAAGUACGGCCUGUCGACGAAAUCUUGCGGGGGAUGUUUGUGCCAUCAUGAGAGUGCACGCGUUCCUCGAGCAAUGGGGCUUGGUCAACUAUCAAAUCGAUGCUGAUUCCCGUCCAACUCCUAUGGGUCCUCCGCCCACCUCUCAUUUCCAUGUCCUAAGUGACACUCCAUCAGGGUUGCAACCCCUCAAUCCUCCUAAAACUGCUCAACCAUCUGCUGCAAAGAACCUGUUAGAUUUGGAUAAGAAAUCCGAUAAGAAAGAUGAUCCUGCUACACCAGGUACUCCUGCAGCUGCUACCCCUGGGCUUUCUUCGGAAAUCGUCAAAUCUGAACCUGGAGCAAUUGCUGUAGAUCCGAGUGGUCAGUUUGGGCUUCGUUUGGAUCAAUAUGCCAAGAAACCGUCCGCAAUGCGCAACAAAACCGCCGCAAGCAUGUCUCGCGAUUGGACAGAACAAGAAACGCUUCUACUGCUGGAAGGACUGGAAAUGUACAAGGAUGAUUGGAAUAAAGUUUGCGAGCAUGUUGGAUCACGUACCCAAGACGAGUGCAUACUCCACUUUUUGAGACUUCCGAUCGAAGACCCCUACCUGGAGGAUGACAACACUUAUUUGGGACCGUUGUCGUAUCAACCAAUCCCAUUCAGCAAGGCCGGCAACCCAAUUAUGUCUACGGUUGCGUUCCUGGCUUCAGUGGUCGACCCAAGAAUAGCUGCUAGUGCGGCCAAAGCAGCCAUGGAAGAGUUUGCUGCAAUCAAGGAUGAAGUCCCUGCCACGAUGAUGGAUGCCCAUUUGAAGAACGUUGAAAAAACGAGCUUCGGUGGUAAAUUUGAUCCGUACGCAGGACUGGCAACGAGCGGCAUAGCCGGCACUGAUUCUGACAAGGAUAAAGACGAUGAAGAAGGUAAAUUACCCGGAGCGGCUUCUACACCGGGGAUUUCUGCAGCUUCCGGAUCAACCGAUGUAGAAAUGAAGGAUGCCUCCAAGAAGGAUGAUGACAAAGAUAUAACCGAUAAAUCCUUACAAGAAGAUGAUUCUAAAUCAACUGAUUCUAAUGCUGCGGCAGGAAAUGAUCAGCAAAAACCAGAUGGGGGCCUAGAUGCAGACAAGGGUAAGGAGAAGGAAACUUCGUUAGAACUGUCCAAGGAAAAUGGUGAUCCAAAGGUAUUUAACGAAGGUAAUCUUCAAUCAGCCGCUGCAGCUGCCUUGGCUGCGGCAGCCGUCAAAGCUAAGCACUUGGCUGCUGUCGAGGAGAGAAAAAUUAAAAGUUUGGUUGCAUUGUUGGUUGAAACACAAAUGAAGAAACUUGAGAUCAAACUACGACACUUUGAAGAACUCGAAACGACGAUGGAACGUGAACGUGAAGGUCUGGAAUACCAGCGACAGCAAUUAAUUCAAGAACGUCAACAAUUCCAUUUGGAACAACUUAAAGCUGCCGAGUUCCGUGCUCGUCAGCAGGCCCAUCAGCGAUUCCAAUUAGAGCAAGGUCAAUGGCAGCAGCCUCCAGGUGCAGCUGCUCCGCAAGGAACACCCGCCCCAGGUCAAACACCUGGAACUAACUCUCAGCAGCAGCCACCAGUGCCAUCUACCGGUGGACAUCCUGGAGCUCCAGUUCAACCGAGCGCCAGCACUCCCAACAGCAACGGAAUAAUCUCUGCUCCCCCUACUACGAUGCCUACCGACGGUUCUACUCCAAAUAGCAUCAUGUCUCAGACGGUGCCUGGUCAACCGCCGUCCUCGCAGCAUGUGUCGGGUCCAUCACCGCAGCCUCCGACAAUGGCGCCGCAUCCGGGACAUCCCGCAGCUGGUGCACCAAUGCCUGGCGGUCCGCCUGGUGGCCCACAUCAUCCUCCACCAGGGGCAAUGUCCCAACAGCCACCACCCUUACCCCCACAGCAGGCACCUCUGCCUCCUACCCAAGGGCCACCACCCCAGCCCGGUCCCGGAGGCGCUCCAAUAUCCGGACCUCCGCAAGGUCCUCCAGGUCCACCCGUUACCAGCGGGCCUAUUCCUCCACCUUCUUCUUAAAUCGUUAAAUUAGGCAAAGCAACCAUUGUGACACAAAGGCUUUUAUUGAAGUAGACGAUUUAUUUAAUUCAAACACAAGCAGCUUUGUGUACACGUCGCUUUUCUCUCAGUAUGACUUCUAUUUAUCAAACUCUGGUAUUGGUAACUUCUGCUAGACAGCGUGACAUCAAUUUUAGUAUACCGGAAUUGCUUCACAUAGUGUCUCAAAGCUCAGUUUCAUAACAAUGCUGAUUUGUUUGUCGGAAUAGUGGGUAAAGUUGUCCACUGUUGGAAUAAUUCCAGUUUGUAUAAUUUGAAGAGUCGAUGAAAAUGUAUGUUUAGUUUUGGAAAAAGUGAUUCAUACGACUACUUUGAAUAUUCAUUGUAACCGUUUGUAACACGCUAGAAUAUACAUUAGAAAGUAAACAUAAUAUAUCUUUUAUUAUAGGUGUAAA